UUAAAAAUAUACUUUACCUCGUAAAUAUAAAGAAGUUGUAUUGGUGGUUCUUUCAAUGAUCUUGGCCAGAGUCUGUACUCAGCAACAAGGCAUAAAGCCGAGAAAACGAAAAGUAUCGAAGAAUAAGAUGGAUCAAAAGGUGGAUUAUUUUCCUCUUCGAAACACAAACCGACUAUGCAUAUGUGUCUGAGAUAAGUGUACAUUCCUGCUGAAACUAUAGCUACCCAAUGAGGAUUAAUAUAUCCGACGUAUUCCUUGACGGUGUCCAUAUUGUAUAUUAAGCUAACGUGUUAUCAUUUAGAUCUACCAUCAAUUUCGCCGUCAAUUAAACAUGUUACCGGAACAUGUUAGUUAGGUUACAGACAUACAUAAAUGUCAACAUCAAAAUUAAAGAGAGAGAGAGACAGAGAGACAGAGAGAGAGAGAGAGAGAGGGAGAGAGAGAAAGAAAAUAAACAAAAGAUAAUCAUUGAGAUUUAACAAAAUCGUCGUCGCAGUUUGAAUUUCUUUCUUUUAUAAAUUUGAGAAAUCGAAAAGAAAGUAGUUUAUUUCGAUAACUCGAGAUAUCAGCAAUGUCGUAGAUAUUCCUUGGAUAUCUCGACUUUAGAAAGAAGGAAAAAAUUGCUGAUGGAGAUGUCCGUCGAUCUCCGUAAUGGCAAAAUUAUUUUGCACGAUAUGGGCGUUGAUGCUGAACAGCUUAAAUGUGUCCAUUUUUAAAACGUGUUUCGCCAAUGCGAUAGAGGACGAUUAUGGUGAACCUUUAACCACAGGACCACCUAUCACGAGUUUUCUCUUUGCUGCUGGAGUCUACAUCAUCGUGGUUAAAUCAACGCUUUUUCCACAAUCCUUUCGCAAACCUAAUCCAAUAUUACUCUGCUUUUACGAGUUUCUCACGACAACGUUCUUCCUGGAGUUCUCGAUUGCCUGCAUCUGGACACCCAUCGAUGUUCUCAUGCUAACAUCUCUACCCAAGGCCAUUUGCCACGUAACACUCUUCAAGAUUAUGGAUUUAACGAGGCCGCCGAAACCUUCGUAGCUAACAAAUCGUCUAUGGCAGCGCUUAGUUACGGAACUGCAAUGACCUUCUUCUUACUUACAUUGCACGUUACUAAAACGGUCGACUACACGAUACUUACAGACUGUGGACUUACUUGCUUUGGUUCUUAUUUGAAAAAUAAACUGUGGCAACAAAUACAGAGCGAACUUCCGAAAACAAAGCAAAUUAAAAAGUGUUCGUGUAAAUCUCGAAGGAAAAAUCGCAGUAAAAGUCGUGGCAAGGAUCCUAAAUUAUAAAA